AUGCUGGAAAGACAAAUAGAAACAAAGGAAAUCAACCAACGACUUGUCAGGAACAAUCCUAGUAGUAUUGAAUUAGAAUAUUUGACUGAAAAUGAUUGGAAACAAAUUGAUUACUUGUGUGUUUGUUGGAAUUCGACCUAUCUUAUGCUGGAAAGACAAAUAGAAACAAAGGAAAUCAACCAACGACUUGUCAGGAACAAUCCUAGUAGUAUUGAAUUAGAAUAUUUGACUGAAAAUGAUUGGAAACAAAUUGAUGACUUGUGUGUUAUUUUAAAACCAUUAUACAUUGCAACCAAAUUUUUAUCAUCAAGUUCACCCACUUUAAGUGAUGUGUGCAUUACUUUUACUGCAUUAAUUAAAGAAUUGAAAAAGGUAAUUGAUGGCAACAAUGAACAUUAUUUAAUUGCAGAUUCAGUUAAUCAUAAAUUAAAAGAAUAUUGGAGUCUCAUGGAAAAUAACACACGAAUCAGUUCUGUAAUUGAUCCAAGAAAUAAAUUAUCUGGUUUUACACUACAAGAAAUUGAAGAAUUAAAAAAUGAAUUUAAAAAUCUUAUAGAUACAUAUGAACCACUGAAUCAACAAUU